AUGGGGUGCACCACCUCGAGGCAAGCUCGGCAUGACCUCCGGUACUGCCCGUCGCCGCUCCCGCUGCCGCGCUGCCAGUCGUUCCCCGCCCGCUUCGACGCCGGCGCCCACCUCGUGCGGCUCACGUCGUCCACGCUCGGGUCCCUUGAGGUCGACAAGGCCGCCGGACUGCGUGCGCCCGAGGCCGCUGACGCCGGCGUGUGCGCGCCCAGGAGGUUCGUGCCGCGCACGCCGACCAUGACGCCGCCCAACGAGCCCGAGGACAUCGACGCGUGGGCGCUCAUGGCCGGCCUGGAGGAGCACUCGCCGUUGCUGGCCGCGCCGUUCGGGCGCCACUCCUUCUCGUUCCCGAUCGCCGCCGCGGCACAGCAGGAGUUCGCCGCGUCAUCCAAGGUCACGCCGCUUCCCAUGAGGAUGCCCUCCGUGAACGACGAGGAGACGGCGAGCAAGGCCAAGGCGCCGCCGCCGCCGCGUAAGGCCGUGCUCUACUUCACGUCGCUGCGCGGCGUGCGCGCCACGCACGAGGACUGCAGCCUGGCGCGCGCCAUCCUCAAGGGCUACGGCGUGCGCAUCGACGAGCGGGACGUGUCCAUGCACCGCGGCUUCCGCGACGAGCUGCACGGCCUCCUCGGCCUCAGGGCCGGCGCCCUCGCCAAGUGCUGGGCGCCGGCCGCGCCGACACUGCCGAGCCUGUUCGUGGACGGGGAGCUCGUGGGCAACGCGGAGGAGCUGAAGCGGCUGCACGAGACAGGGGAGCUGGCCGCGAGGCUCGCCGGGUGCGAGAGCGGGGGCCCCGGCGCGUGCGAAGCGUGCGGGGACGCCCGGUUCGUGCUCUGCGAGGCCUGCUCCGGCAGCUGCAAGGUGUACGUGGACGAAGAGGACGACGAGGAAGAAGACGGCGAAGGGACGGACGGCGGCGGCGCGGGGUUCCGGCGGUGCACGGAGUGCAACGAGAACGGCAUCGUGAGGUGCUCCGUCUGCUGCUGCUCCUGA